AUGACUAUAAAGCCAAAUGCGAAGGACUCGAUGAAGUCCACCUGGCGACUGGCCGAUAGGAGCACAUGGGCCAGGGAGCACUGGAUGAUCGAGCUGUUUAACGCGCAUCCUGUCGACCUGGACAAGCCCAUACCAGUGCAUCCCAAGACGGACAAGAUGCCACAUGUCUCUCAGUGGUCGCAGCAUCUAUGGAUCCUCACUUACGCGCUGCUUCCACUCGGGAUCCAAGAGGUCUGGACAUCGUUGACUGGGCGGCAGAGCCCAGGCUAUCUUGGCCUCUUCGCUCUCUACCUCUCUGCCUCGACCGCCAUCGCCAUUCGCGAAGUCCAUAUCCUUCGCCGCCUGGGGCACAAAUAUGGGUUCCUGGACGGGGACGUAAGUCAGCGUGACGGGGUUCCAGACGUGGGCGUGGCAAAGAUUGUCGCCUCUCUCCUCAAAACAACCGGCUCCCGAAUCGCCAUGGCUCUUUAUAUGACCCGCAACCAUCGCCAAUCCCCCGCGGCCUCAUUGGGUGACUGGCAAUGGUGGGCUUGGCUUGCAGUUGAGAAUGGCCUCUAUAGUGUCACCCUUGACUUUUGGUUUUACUGGUACCAUCGCGCCAUGCAUGACAUCCCAUUCCUAUGGAAGUACCAUCGCACACAUCACCUAACUAAACACCCUAACCCGCUCAUGACAGCCUAUGCUGAUCACGAGCAGGAAUUCCUUGACAUGGUUGGUAUGCCCUUCCUGGCCUACAUGACGCUCUGGGCUAUAGGCUUCCCGCUUGGAUUCCAUGAAUGGUGGAUAUGCCACCAGUACGUGGUGUAUUCGGAGAUUUGGGGGCAUAGUGGUGUCCGGGCUAAUUUCGCGCCGCCCUCGACCGUCGUUUGGCUCCUUGAAGCGUUCCGUAUGGACCUUGUGGGCGAGGAUCAUGACUUGCACCAUCGCAAGGGCUGGAGGAAGAGUUUUAAUUAUGGCAAGCAAACACGGGUGUGGGAUCGCAUCUUUGGCACUUGCGCUGACCGCAUUGAGUCGGCGGCUGGUAAUCUUGACUACUCGGACCAAGUGAUAAUGCCAAUAUUUUAA